CACAGAGAGUGACAUAGUCGAAAGAACUUUUUUUGUUUUGUGUUUUGAAUAUUAAAAACAUUUACCUCUACAUCUUCUCAAUAAAUCGAAAUCAUGUUUAUUUACUUGAGCCAGCUCAUCAUUUUAUGCAUAAUGCUUGUGAAUAUCAAGUGUGCUUCAGCUGUCUCGUGUGGGCAUGCAGUAACAAAGAGCUUCAAAGAAGCCAACCAAACUCGGUACUGCGAACACAUGUCUCAGUUUGCUGGCUGUCUACAUUCUCAGAUCAUCUCCUUGGGGUCUCCCUUUGGGAAGAAGAUGAACCAGAACAUCGUGAAAGCCGUCAAUGCCGGAGUCAAAAAGGUCUGUCACGUAGAUUGCCAACAGUUUAGAGUGAAACCAGAGGUACGCAUUGAGAGAGCCAAGCCGUCAAUAGGUGAAGGCGUCAAGUUGUGUGCAUUUGACUUCCUGGUCAAAGUGGGCUUCAACAGACAAAAACUAUGCAGAAAACUAACGGACGUCGUGAGAUGUGUAAUCUUGACGUGGAGUCCCGAAGAUGACGUAGUGACCAAUGACGUUCUUGACAUUGGGACGUACCUUGUUUCUAAAGCAUUGAAAAUGACAUAUGGCAUUGAAUGUCACCAAUCACUCAUUGAGACAAGGCUAACAAAUAAAUGUGUAGGGAGCAGGCAAACACGAUCAUAUGUUUAGACAGUUUUGUAUAAACCAUCUUAUUGAAAUUUAUUUUCACUUUUUGUUCUGUUAGAUUUUAUUUUGUUUUUUUAAUAAUACGAUAAUUGUCACAUUGUAACAGGCGCAUUUCACUCAGAUAUAAUUCAUAAAGUAGGCCUAUAUCUUAAUACCUCUUAAUAUGUUUUUAUCAUAAAUAACUACACAACUAAUGUGUAAGCAAUUUAAGUGAUGUAUGCGAUAAUUUUUGUUAUUACCAGUUCUGGAUUUACCAAUCGGCAACAUACAAAACUAUAGCUUAGGGCCCCCACUUGCCGGUGGGCCCCUCAAAAAUUGUUUUGAAGAAAAAGCAAAGAAAUAAAUUGCCUUAUAUUGAUAACAAGGGGCCUCAUAAAAGGCUAAUAUCUCGAAUAGCUUAGGGCCUUAUCAAGUCGAAAUCCGGCCCUUGUUGUUACAAGACAAAGUCAAACAUAAGCUAUAAUUAGAUAUACACUCUCGUAAUCCACCUGUUUUAAUAUAAAACUUGAUAUAUGUUUUUAAAUAGUAAUAUAGAUACAGCAGCCUACUAAAGCUCCUGUACAAUUUGUUUUUCAUAUGUGUAGGCCUACAUGUUGCAUUAGCCAUUUGGAUUUUAUAUAUCGAAGUUCUGUGUAUUAACAAAUGGUAUAGUCACUGAAUAGUGUUAUUUAAUUAGAGCAAAAGUAAUAGCAUUCAAGGUAAACUAUGUACAUCUAUUUUUUUUAAUUCUUAGAAGACCAUGUUUACUAAGGACCGGACACUUUUGCCUUUUUUAAAAAAAAUACAUACAAUACAUACAAUAAUUACAUUAUUUUCACUUUUUUCAUUGAAUCAAUCAUCAUUAGAUAAACUUUUUUUUUUCACAUAUUUACAUUCUCAUAUAAAAUGUGUAUACAUUGUUAUUAAGAAUAAAUGAAUGAACGAAUCAA